AUGAACUGUCGGGUUCUAGGCAUUAGAGUCUUCAUGCAGGGCCUGUGGAGCUCAAGCCCAGGCAUGAUGCCUGCCCCAGGCCUCGACAGCAGCCUCAGUGGCCUCUAUAUGGGGAGUUUCCUGGAAAAAUACACCAAAGUGCACAUCCUCGAGCAAGUCAGCCAGGAGCUGGAGGCACAGCUGCGGAAGCACCUGGAAAAUGCUGUCACCCACUCAGAGCUGGGUCAGCAGAUAAAUGCCCAUGUGACUGAGGCAGCCCUGGAAAAUGCCCAACUAGUGCUGCAGAUGGAGAACACCCAAGCAGGUGCAGAGGACUUGAAAAAGAGACAUAAAAGCGAGUGAUCAUUUCGAAAGGCAGCAGAAGAGGAAGUUAGCUCUCUGUAUAAAGUCAUUGAUGAAGCUAAUCUGACAAAAGUGGAUUUGGAAAACCAAAUAGAAAGCCUGAAAGAAGACCUUAGUGUUCUGUCCAGGAGCUAGGAAGAGCAUGUGAACAUGCUCUGCAAACAAUUGGCAGGAGCUGGCCUAGAACAAAUGGAUAUUUCCCUUGGCAGUGACCUGGAUGACAUCCUUGAGGCAAACAGAAUUCACUGGGAGAGAGACAUGGCAAAGAAUCAAGUGGAAGCAGGUGCCUUCCUACAUGUCAAGCAACAAAAGGAGGUUAUUCACCAGGCCCAGGAAAAGAGGCUGAAAACCACUCUCAACAUGAAUCUACACAAUACCAUGUGCCAGGUACAGAACCUCUGGGCAGAGACAAAUUCCUGCAGGGCACUUAAACAAGGCCUUGGACACACCCUGCAGGAUGCCAAGCACCGGCAUGAGAUGGAGCUGCAGAACCUGAGCAACGUUGGCAGGCUGGAGACAGAGCUCAGGGAAGUGCACUCAGAGACACAGCAGCAGCAGAGAACCUGUGAGCACCUGGUGGCACAUAAGAACCAGCUGCAGAGACUUGUGGUGGCCUGCCGCAAACUGCUGGAUAGAGAGGAAAGCAGGUUUUCACGGGCCUACUUCCCCACACUCCCCACAGAUAUCAUUUCAUCUGCCUGGUCUUCAUUUGCUCUUAAGCCAGCUGCCUCAGCCACAGGAAGAGGGGAGGUGGGCUCACACUUCUAUAGCCUUUUACUAGUGAAGCAUGGAGUCUUCCACCAAGAGCAGCUGUCUGACUUUGGCAGUGCAUCAGACUCAGGCAGGUUACUACAGAGGAGGCUUCCAGUUCUCAGCACAGCUCUUGCUGUUUCUAAUGAGGCUUAUUAA